GAAAUUAUCUACGAACUCCGCUGCACUUGUUUCCACCUUGAACAAUUUCUCUGAUUCUUGGACCAGGAUGCACAUGAGGCCAAAGCAGACAUAGCUGUUUAGGGUCAGGUUGGCUGAACCUUUCUGAUUUUUACAUCAUCAGCACGGAGGUAAUUAUCAUUUGUUCCUGAGGCAUGAGAGAUGAUGGCGUGCCCAAUGAGUUCCGUUUUUGCUGAAAAAUUGUCGGUGGCUUUUAAGGACGACAAUGCCCUGAUUGCAGAGUGCCUGGAUAUCGCCUUAGAGAUACAAAAAGGACAUACUAAGCUCGUUGGUCUGGUUGAAGAGCUUGGACCUUUUUUGACAGACAAGGAUGUUACCUUACGAUUGAAGGGUCUUAUUGCACUGUCCACUGUUUUGUCUCACUUACCUAAAGAUUUUCUAAAUGAGAUCGAGUUGAAUUUUAUAACAACGUUUUAUUGUGAUAGACUGAAGGACCAUCACAGUCUCAUCCCAGCUGUACUAUGUGGUAUUUUGGCAAUUGUGCAAAUGGAUAAUCUUCCUCAGGACUCACCAUCACGUUUAUUCGGUGUAAUGUUUCAACAUGUACAUUGUCAGUCUCAUAUACGUCAAGAUAGAAAAAAGAUUUAUUUGAUAUUUGAAUCUCUACUCCGAAAUAGGAGUGGUGAUUUAAAGGCUAUGGGACCAGAUUUUGUCUAUGAUGUGAUCUCUGCUAUGGAUGGAGAAAAAGACCCUAGGAAUCUUAUGUUCUUAUUCAACAUGCUUCCAUAUUUCAUCAAGGAAUUUCCACUUGGACAUUUAACAGAGGAGAUGUUUGAAGUCAUUGCCUGUUAUUUUCCUGUUGACUUCGAAACUACUGCUGGUAAAGAAUUAGAUAUAACAAGAGAUGCUAUAACAAAAGCACUAGUGUCAUGCCUUUGUGCCAUUCCACAAUUCGCUGAGUUCUGUAUACCUCUCAUAACUGAGAAACUCGAUUCGGAUCUAAAGCUCGCAAAAUUAGACUCAUUAUAUUUACUAUCCAAAGGAGCUUCUACUUUUGGGGUAGACGGUCUUAAGAAUCAUCUUCAGGAACUAUGGCCAGUUCUAAGGAAGGAAGUUAUGUCAAAUGGAGAUCCUCAAAUAAAGAAUACUGGAUUGGAGGCUCUACGUGAAUUAGUCAAGGCGUUACACAGUAACAGUACUGUACGUCAAAGUUUUGUUGAGAAAAUUAUUACAGAUACAAGAGGAUCGCUGUGCGAUGUCCAAUUGAGCUUGUACUGGCCUGCAGAGAAAGUAUUAGAAUCUGUAGCUACAGCUGAUAAAGACUCAUGCAUACAAGUCCUUCGUGCAAUAGUACCACUAUGUCUUGGACAGUAUUCUAGUAAAACUGCAACGUCUGACAAAGUUGCUCUUAUAGAGACACUGAAUAGUUUUAUAGCAAUCAGUGAGAGUUACAAUUUCACUAUUGGCAGUCUUCCAGAAUUAACAUGGACUGAUAUACCAUACUUGUAUUUAAACGAGUUGACAACUCAAGAUACAGAGUUAAAGAAAAAGAUAUUGUUUGGCUUGACUGUACAAAAACGUUCUUUAAAUGAACUGCAUCGUACAUCACUCUAUGACAGAAUAUCAUCUGAAAUUGAACGGAUGAACAAUGAGAUAAGAGGUGUCUGUCAUACGAGUCUCUUAUCUUUUGGACAGCUAUAUCCCAAUGAAAUAUUAAGUGUUAUCAACAACAAGCUUUCGGUUGACAUAGAUUCUGUAGAAUCAGCGGUAAUUACAUGCAGACUAGAAGCGUUAACGGCUGUAGCAAGGGUCCCAGAAUUAGGACCAGAAGUGCUAGCUAAAAUCGUUGCAGUGGCAACGUCAAAUAAUUCUGAAAAAAGUCUUGCUGCCCUGUCGUGCCUUCGCAAACUCGUCAGUACUAGAAACAAUGAUUUUGACAUUCAUAGUUUCUUGUAUAAGGAAUAUAACGCCAUUGACAGACUGGUUACAUCCGAAACUGGCGAUUUUAAUCAGCGACUGAAUCUGAUUUCCAACAUCUGUCGAUUCAUUGUGAGACAAUUAGAUGUAGAAGAUCAGCAAGCGGUCGUAAAUCGCUAUACAGACAUAUUGAUAAACAAAAUAUCAGAAAAUAAUGUUGUAUUGCUCGAGGGUCUUUUGACGCCACUACGUAGAAAUGUUUAUAUACAGAAUUCUGAUACUUUAUUGGAGAAUUUAUGUAACCUGGCAAUAUGUAGUACAAGCGUCGAUGCCAGACGUGUCUCAUGUAAGUUGAUUUCUGUAUUAAUUAACAAGAUGGAAGAUGGGGAACAUUUAGAACGAAUUCUUAAUUGUAUGAGGGAACGUAUUACUGACGUUUUGGAAUCUGAAGAUUCUGAUAUUAAUACUAAAAGGGCUACGGUCAGUCUUCAUACGUGGCUGACAAAAGCAGUUAUCACGAAAGGCAGCUGGAGUUCUCAGGAUUACCUAAACUAUCAAUUGAACAUGCUCAGAAACGAUCGGGUGGGCUACGAUGCUGCGUUAGCAUUUACAAGUUUGGCUGACAAAUCUGAAGAUACGUUAACGGAGGAGAACUUUUGCAACAUAAAAAUUUUUUAUAAGCAAAGAAUAUUUCAGAAUGUCAUUCAGCUAAAUAGUACGUUCGAUUCUGAAUCUAGACAAAAUUAUUUGAUAGCAAUAACUCAUUUACUGCAAGAAGUACCACAUGAAUUAUUGUUCAUGCACUUAACGCAGUUGGUACCACUUUUAGUGGAAUCCUUGGCUCUCGACAAUGGAGAAUUGAUACUAUCAACUUUAACUACAUUGAAAUUCUUACUGAAAACAAAGAACAAUGUUUUCUUAGACCAAGCACAGGCUUUUAUACCAAAAUUUUUAAAGCUGUCUACGUACAAAGAAAUGAAAGUGAGAAUAACUGCUCUAGAGUGUCUAUUGAGCUACUGUAACUAUCCAACUAUUUCAAUUCUACCAUUUAAACAAGAUGUGUUGGACAAAUUAGCGACACCAAUAGAUGACCGGAAGCGCUUAGUAAGAAAGGUCGCAGCUCAAACUAGGACACGAUGGUUCCUAGUUGGUUCACCUGGAGAACCGAAAUAACGAAAUGUGCACGCAUAACGUUAUUCGUAUUGUAAAUAAACGCAGAAUAAAGAAAGUGCACAAGAAUGUUUAUCAGAGCUUGUGAAAUUAUAA